AUGAGGUCAAAUCCACGAAAGGCGGGAUUUCAGUUCGUGAAGAUUGAUAACGUGUCAUCUCGUACUGGACCUUCAGAACUGAGGAAAGCGUUCGAAAAGUUCGGCGAGAUCGGGGACAUUCACAUACCGCGCGAUCCUUGGACGGGCGACAGUAAAGGAUUCGCUUUCAUCCGUUACUAUUCGCGACGAGAUGCGGAAGACGCAAUGGAUCAGAUGGAUGGUCGGCGGGUAGACGGACGCGAGAUUCGCGUUGUGAUGGCCCGGUACGGACGGCCGAUGGACGAUCGCGAAGGUGCUCGUGCGCCUCGUCGACGGUACGUACCUCCUGUGUUUAAUGCCUAG